UUUGCCUUCUUGCCUCAGGUCUCAGCUUGCAGACAUGGCCACAGCCAGCUGUCUCCUAUCUGAAGACCAGUUCCGGUGCUUCGUAUGUCAGAAUGUCUUCACGGAUCCGGUCAGCACACCAUGUGGGCACAACUUCUGUAAGAACUGCGUCACGGAAACCUCCCAUGCUGAUGUCCCCUUUCAGUGUCCAAUCUGUCAAAGGAUGUUCUUCCCAAAACCAGAGCUGCAGGUUAACACUCUGAUCGCUGAGCUGCUGGACAUGUUCAGACGGUCAGCUCAGCGCCAGAAUCGAGAGCCAGUUAGAGGACAUUUCUUCUUUAGAACUAGAAGUAAUGCCUUUAAAAUAUUUUUAUUUUGUCUUUUCUUGAUUGUAUCCUCCCAAGUAAAAUAUGGCCCUCAUCUGAAAGAGGAAGCAAAGGGAAAGAAACCAGAAUCACCAGAAGAAUAUAUGCUUUCUACCGUUCACCUGGAGCAGCUUUUCACUGAGGUGAUGAAGAAAGAAAUCCCCAGACUGUUGAUCCGAGCCGAGCUGAUGAAGGCUCAACGCUACGCGGUGGAUGUGACUCUGGAUCCGCACACUCUGCAUCCCAAACUUGUCCUGUCGGCUGACAGGAAACAAGUGAGAUGUUGUGAUCCACAGAAGAAUCUCCCACACGACCUAAAGAGGUUUUUAUAUUAUAAAUACGUUUUAGGGGAGCAGAGUUUCUCCUCAGGUAGGUUCUACUUCGAGGUCCAGGUGAAAGGAAAGACUAACUGGACUUUAGGGGUGGCCAACGAGUCGGUCAAAAGGGUGGGACUCAUCAGACUCAGGCCCCAGUUUGGUUACUGGUCCUUAACUGUGAGGAAUGGAAAGGAGUACAUUGGUCUGUCUGAGCCUCCAGUCCAUUUCUCUCUUCAGUCUCGUCCUGAAAAGGUUGGGGUGUUUGUGGAUUACGAGGAGGGUCUGGUCUUCUUUUAUGAUAGAGCAAAGCCGGUGAACAUAGAUAGCUUCAGUGAAUGA